GCUUUAUGACAUUUGACCUCAGUCCUUUUUCAGAUGACGUCGUAUGACGUAGCUGCAGGGAUAGCAAAUACACGUGCGUGCGCGCGCGCGCGAUAUUAAACGGCUAGAUUAGUGUGAAGAGAAAAAGCAAUCAGGAUGAGUGACGUGGAGUUGGUGAAAAAGAUGCUGCGAGCUGUUCUUCAGAGCAGUAAGCACGGUGUGGCCAUGGCCCGCCUGCAAGGAGAUUACCGGGCUCUGACAGGAGAGAUGAUUCCCUACCGGAAGUUCGGCCAUGCCAAUCUAGAGAGCUUUCUGCGCAGCAUUCCUGGUGUGGUGCGGCUUGAACGCUCCAGUGCUGGGGAGGUCAUGUGUUUUGCUGGUGUGUGUGAGGAGACGGCACACAUCGCACAGCUGGUCGCCCGGCAGAAGAAUGUGAAGAAGUCCGGCUGCUCUAAAUUGCUGAACUUCCAAAUGAGAGCAAAGUCUUCCUCUUUGUUUUCAUAUAACGUCAAACCUCGCUUGUCUCUGCGGCAACCGGGACACAUGACUCAUCCCGCUCGAGGCACCGCAUCCAAAUCUAGUUUUUACCCUAACCAGCGCCAGCUUUACAGCACCGACCUCCCCUCCUCCCGGGCUCCUUCCCGGCAACAGAACUGGAAAUCACCAGGGUUAGGGGGGACUGCAUUUGUACCCAACAAGAUCAAUACAGAAAUAAAGACUCAACCUUAUAAGACCAGUGGGACACCAGCUCAGCAAAAGCCUGUAAACUGUGCUGAUGUUGCGGUGGUUCAGGGUCGAAUCAAACAGCUUCUGCAGAAGUACAGCAGUGGAGUCUGGCUGUCCAAAAUCCCUCAGCUCUAUAGGGAUAUGUUCCAGGAAGAGCUCCACAUGCACAAAGAAGUGGAGACAUGGACACACAUCUGCACUGUUGAAAAGCCAGGCAGCAAUAACAUAGUGGACCGCCUGGUGUAUCCAGUCUUGGACCCUGCCCCAAAACCAAGCACUGUGCCUGCUGUAGCUCCAUGCAAGCAGUCUCCUAACACUGCAUCUUGGAAACAGCCAACACCUGCCCAGCAAACUACCCGCAUCCUCAGAACUCUUGCCAUUAACAUUCCUCCUUCAACCCAGAAAUCCCAAACACUCUUGAGCCCAACAUCGCCCAACUCCACCAUGAUGGAUUUUACUCUCCCCGAAACACCCAAAGCUCAGCCCAACGCACUCAUCACCCCUCCCUCCACCCCGCCCUCUCACCAGCCUCUGACUCCAGAGAUCAAGCAGAAACUGCGGCAGCUGCUCAAUAAAUAUAGCCAGGGCCUGUGGGCUCAUGCACUUCCACAGCUUUUCCAGGAGGCCUUUGGGUGCGAGUUUCCGCAGUAUGUGUUGGAGGAUCUGUCUUUGUUGGCAGAUACGUGUAUGGUUGAAUACCCCAUGCCGGACAAUCGAAAGAGAGCCAUACUGUACACACUACCGUGUCAGGUGCAGACGCAGCCCCGUCCUCGCCCACCACCACUGGUUAUGCUCUGUGCCAGCAAUCCACAUGUGCCUCCUCUGAUUAUCCCAGCGACAGAGUUUCUAUCUGUUUUGGUGAUGGAGGUCAGCAGCAACAACAUUGUUCUCAGGUUUGUGGGGGAUGGAUACUCUAAAGCUCUGGAGGUGAUGGAGGAGGCCAUGCUUCAAUUCUAUACUACAGUUGGAGCUGGACUUCGUCUUCUCUCCCCAAAAAUUGGACAACUGGUGGCGGUUGCGAUGGAGGAAGAUGCAGUACUGAGAGCUCAGGUCCACCAGGUCACAGAGGACAACGUGAAGGUGUACUGUGUGGAUCAUGGGUUCUUUGAGGUGGUCAGCAGGAAGAAGAUACUCCAGCUGAGGGAUCAAUUCCUGACUCUUCCCUUCCAGGCAACCACAUGCCAACUUGCAGGUCUAGAGCCAUUCAGUACAGAUGCGGUAGUUCUGAAGACUCUGGAGUCAUUAGCUGUUGGUCGUACGUUAUUGGCUGAGAUUGUGGAGCGAGAGGACACGCCGCUUAUUGUGCUGUAUGACACUUCUCAGAACGAUGAUGUCAAUGUGAACGCUGUAUGCUUGAAAGCCCUGCAGGAUAAGUCCAUGGAGAAUCCUCUACAGGUGAACAGCGUGUACACAAACGUGUGUGUGACAAAUGUGUGCUCUGAUGGCAGUAUUUACUGUCAGCUGCCUUCUCGAGGCCAGGCCAAACUCAAAGACAUCAUGGACAAGAUUGAGUCACAUUUCAUCUCUCAGUUAACAUGGGAGCUGUUGGUGUCCAAACCAUUCUGCGGGAAAGUGUGUCUAGCUAAAUACAAGGGCAAAUGGGCGAGAGCAGAGAUCAUUAACCUUCAUGGCAGCCAAGUGUUGGACAUCUUGUUUUUGGAUCUGGGACUUCCUGCUUCUCUGGAGGUCAGUGAGCUCAGAGAGAUCCCGCCAAUCUACCUCAGAGAGCUCAUCACCAUUCCACCUCAGGCUAUAAAGUGCCUCCUGGAGGACGUGAAUGCAGAUGGGGGUGUUUGGCCUCCUGAAGCUGUUCUGUGGUUGAGAGAGACAGUCCUCAGCAAAGCCCCCAGCUGCAUGAAGAUAAUCAAGCUUGAUGAGACCAGGACUGUGCAUGUCUACCUCUUCAGUGGCAAUGGAGCUCAUGACCUUCAGAGCAGCAUUAACCACCAGCUAUCCUCAUGUCCAUUCUGGCAACGGGGUGCCUACUUCAGCAAGAUCGCCAGGGUUUCCGAAACUAUCCUGCCAGUGGCAGGGGACAACCCCCAUACAUCUCCUACACAGUCUACUGCCCUCACACUGCCUCCUCAGAUGGACUUGCCGCUUGUUGGGCAAAACAUGGAUGUGUUUGUGUCAGUUGCAUGCCACCCUGGGCACUUUGUGCUGCAGCCGUGGCAGGAGCUAUACAAGCUAGUGGUGCUGAUGGGAGAGAUGAUCCUGUUCUACAACAAACAGGAAGUAACCCAAAUCAACAUCCAGAAAAAUAACGUCUACGCUGCCAAGAUUGACAACAAUUGGCAUCGUGUUUUGGUAAAAGGCGUCCUGACCAAUGGCUUAGUCUCUGUGUACGAACUGGAUUAUGGGAAGUACGAGUUGAUCAACUAUUCCCAGCUCCAACCACUCAUCGAUGAGUUCAGGCAGCUGCCAUUCCAGGGCAUUUUUGCUCAGCUGGCUGGUGUCAAGCAAGGGGUCUGGUGUGAGGAAGCUUCUAUGGUGUUUCGUAACCAUGUUGAGAAAAAGCCGCUGGUGGCCCAGAUCGAGUCAGUUGAGGAGGGGGAAUGGCCCUGGGAGCGCAAAAUCUCUGUCUACCUUGUGGACACCACACAAGAGGACAAUGACAUCUGGAUCCACAACAUUAUGGUGGAGUUUUUAGAUGAGAUCAGCAGAGCUGCUUGAGACUGUUUCGACUACCCUUUCCCAGAACCAUGCUGAAACCUUGAGCCUGAAGAAAUCUAGCUCUAGAAUUCAAGAGUGUGUUUGGUGGGCUCAUUUUAUUUAAUUGUUCACAAAUUGUUUCAGUUAUCGUUCCGAGCGCCAUGGGAAAGGGAUUCCUUUACCUGUUUUUGCUUUUAUGAUAAAUAAUAAUAUUAUACCAUUGCCAAAUUAACUUGUUAUUGCCUGAACAGCUUCCCUUUCUUUGUCUUUACAAUAGGGCCAUUUGUCUUUUGAUUUAUUUAUGUUUUUGUGUGAGACACUACUGCUUGUAUUGUUAAAACUCUUGAUUUUGCACUUUGGUUUGUUUGCUGUGGUCUUACUGUGUGUUUUCAGAAAAGAAAAUGGCCUAACUGUAAAAGAACAUUUGUAUUUAGGUUCUCAUGUUUGUUUUAUUUCCAAGUUAACAUUUGGUUUGAGCCAUUAAACGAAAGGACGACAACACGAAA